CCGCCAUCUUUGAGUAGGGCAGCGCUUUCGUCGCGCUGCCCGGGUGACACUACAGUGGAUCAGCCGGCGAUGGAGCUGGGGGCGAGCUCUCGGUUUCUGCUCUGGCUGCUGUUGCUACUCCUAACCCCCGUGCGGGGCCGCCAGAAGGAGUCAGGUUCAAAAUGGAAGGUAUUUAUUGACCAAAUUAACAGGGCUUUGGAGAAUUAUGAACCCUGUUCAAGUCAAAACUGCAGCUGCUACCGUGGUAUCAUCGAAGAAGAUCUGACCCCUUUCCGAGGUGGCAUCUCCAGGAAGAUGAUGGCAGAAGUAGUGAGCCGAAAGUUAGGGACCCACUAUCAGGUCAUUAGGAACAGAUUAUACCGAGAAAAUGACUGCAUGUUUCCCUCAAGGUGUAGUGGUGUUGAGCACUUUAUUUUGGAAGUUAUUGGGCACCUCCCUGACAUGGAGAUGGUGAUCAAUGUGCGUGAUUAUCCUCAAAUUCCUAAAUGGAUGGAGCCUGCCAUCCCAGUCUUCUCCUUCAGUAAGACAUCAGAGUACCAUGAUAUCAUGUAUCCUGCUUGGACGUUUUGGGAAGGGGGACCUGCUGUUUGGCCAAUUUAUCCUACGGGUCUCGGACGAUGGGACCUCUUCAGAGAAGAUCUGGUAAGGUCAGCAGCACAGUGGCCAUGGGAAAAGAAAAAUUCUACAGCAUACUUUCGGGGAUCAAGGACAAGUCCAGAACGGGAUCCUCUCAUUCUUCUGUCUCGGAAAAACCCAAAACUUGUUGAUGCAGAGUACACCAAAAACCAAGCCUGGAAAUCUAUGAAAGAUACCUUGGGAAAACCAGCAGCUAAAGAUGUCCAUCUUGUGGAUCACUGCAAAUACAAGUAUCUGUUUAAUUUUCGGGGCGUAGCUGCAAGUUUCCGGUUCAAACACCUCUUCCUGUGUGGUUCACUUGUUUUUCAUGUUGGCAAUGAGUGGCUAGAAUUCUUCUAUCCAAAGCUCAAGCCCUGGGUUCACUACAUCCCAGUCAAAACAGAUCUCUCCAAUGUCCAGGAACUGUUGCAGUUUGUAAAAGCAAAUGAUGAUAUCGCUCAGGAAAUUGCUGAAAGGGGAAGCCAGUUUAUUAUAAACCACUUGCAGAUGGAAGAUGUCACCUGUUACUGGGAGAACCUCCUGACUGAAUACUCUAAAUUCCUGUCCUAUAAUGUGACAAGGAGGAAAGGCUAUGAUCAGAUUAUUCCCAAAAUGUUGAAAACUGAACUGUAGCACUCAUAGGACCAGAGUCCUCUGUAUGGCAGCAGAUCAGCUAUCCUGGGAGAAAAGCUUCCCAUGAGCAUGGCACCUGUACCCUGAACACACGUCAUCAAGCCAGACAUCUGGUUUUCUUCAUGCUGCAGCCACAGCAAGUCUUAAGGAAGAUCUAAAACGUGUGUGAUACUCGGAUAUGAAGCACCCCUACUUGGGCUGAAUAAGGACCAGAAAUCAUAAGAUGUGAUUUUCUACUGGAUUUUACCUUAAUUUUCUAAAGACAAGUCACAGCCUGUGCCUCAGAUCAGCUAUGUGUGUAUAUUCAUCACUUUGAAAUCAAUUGUGUCCAUGUAAUGAUGCCUUUUGCUCCAUCACUCUGAUCUAGUACCACUCAUUGCCACAAUUCUUGUUAUUCUAGGCUUCAUCUCUGUUUCUCUAGUUUAAUGUAGAAAUUCUAUGGGAUUUAAGAAAAAUAUCUGGGCCUCAUUUCCUGAAAGGGAUAAGCAUUAACUGUCACACAGUGCCAUAGAGUUCUCUUUGUAAAAGCAUAACCUCUGGUAUUCAGGAGGUUUCUAUAGUGCCACAUGGAAACGGCCAAUUGCAUGAGUAAUUAUUGCAGUUGGAUUUCAAGUUCCUGUUCUGUGCCUUCAUGCCCUUCUUUUUGUUGUUUCUUUGAAGGACAAAAAAACAAAAACAAAAGACAAAAAGACAAAAACAUUAAUAAAUUUAGGAAGUGGUCUUAACUCUAGGAGAACUGCUUAAGUUCUUAACUUCUUCCUCACCCUUUGCACAUCUUAAUAUUUUUUCUUAGUAGUAGAAAAGGCUAUUGCUGGUGUGCAGGGAUCACAAGGAGUCUUCAGGUGCUUAAGCUGGUAAUUUAGAACAUUCAGUUUUUACAUUUAUUUAUAUAUACUUGUCUAAUUGUUGUUUCCAUUUCCCUUUGCGCCCUGUUUUAAAAGUGACAUUUGGAUAGUAAUUUACUCUAUCAGAAGUUCUAACAGUAAAAAACAAAGAAACAUGUUUAGAUUAAAACUCUAGUCCGAUGACUUAGAACCAUUCUUGUCCCUUAAGUUCAAAACUUCUACAGAAAAAUUGACUCUUUUUCCUUUGGCUCUUGAGAAUUGUUCAGUGUUAACUACUUUCAAAAUUAGUAACUGUAAGACUCAGUCACAUAAAAUCAGAUUUUGUUGCAUUUGUCAGAAAGGUGUUUGGUUUUUUAAGUUUAAGGACUUUAGAGAUACUGAUACUGAUAAUUGCAUGCAGUAUGGCAGGCAUUUAAAGUUGACUUUUCUGCUUGAGUGCUAACAGUUUAUAUGGGCCCACUUAGUGGGUACAGUAAGUGUAAUCAAAAGGCAGUCCAGUUUUGGUAUGUUGAGGUUUUGCCUUGGAACUAUAAGGGACCAUGAAUUACCAUUCUUUCUUCCAUGUUUUAAUUUUGCUUUCUCCAAAAUAGGGACAAAAUUUGUUCUUCUUUAGGAACCAAAGCUUCAUUUCCCUAGGGAUGUUUCCCAUUUUGCUUCAGGUUGCAGAUUAAAUAUCACCUCUGAAUUGUUUCUUUCAUUCUGGGUAGUUAGAGGCUACCAUAAUACCUUCCUUGUGCCAGUAUUUCAUGAUAGUACACUGUAGUUAUUUGAUUGUUUUUCCUAUUCUGCAAGCUUAGCAAUGGAUGAGAAUCAUUAGUUCCUCACUUUUAUGUCUUCAUUAUCCAACAUAGUGCCUCACACAGAGUAAAUACUAAAGAACUUUUGGAUGGAUAGUAGAAUGGAUGAAGACAGUUGGCUUACCAGGAUCCUCUUUGUAGAUUUUCUUGGUAUUGGUUUCAACAAGGAAGUGGAUAAUCAGUGCAAAUCCUCACUUGCUGUUCAAAGAGUCAAUCAGGAAUCUUUGUCUUUAAAUGCAGAAGUUGCUCAGAUUAUAUACUUAUCUGUUUACCUCAUUGCUCAGAUUAUAUACUUACCUGUUUACCUCAGUGUAGAUGGUAUGAGGAUGGUAUGUAAUAUGUAAAGUAUAUAUUUUUGAAAAUAAUUUGUAUCUCUAAAA